AUGCAUCUAAUCCUCACCGGCGCAACCGGCCUCGUCGGCUCCGCCGUCCUGCACACCAUGCUCACCACGCCCUCCGUCUCCAAGAUCUCGAUCCUGUCCCGCCGCCCCGUUACCCAGGCCGAGGGCCACGAGAAAGCGCAGGUCAUUAUCCAGAAAGACUUCUCUGUUUACGAGAAGGGCGUCCUGGAGGAGUUGAAGGACGCGCAUGGCGUUGUGUGGGCGUUGGGCAUAUCGUCUACGCAGGUUGAUAAGACGGAGUAUGAGAGGAUUACCCACGAAUACCCCCUUGCGUUCGCGAAAGCUAUCGCUGCAACUACAUCCCCCAAUCCCGUUACCUUCAUCUACGUCUCGGGCGAGGGUGCGACCACCACGCCCGGCAUGAUGACGCCCCACUGGGCCGGCAUCAAAGGACGCACUGAAUCCGAGUUGCUCGCCCUAUCCAAGACCUCCAACCUCCGAGCCAUUAGUUUGAGACCCGGAGGCGUGGAUCCGAAAGAGCAUACGGAGAUCCAUGAAUAUAUCCCGAAGCAGAAGGGCAUGAUGAAACUCGUGGAAGCGACACUGUUGCCGCCGUUGAGGGUCCUGAUGCCGAGGAUGAUGAGCCCGACGAGGGAGUUGGGGAAGGUGUUGACGGAACUAGCGUUGGGGGAGGGGAAGGCGUUUCCGGAGAAAGAUGAGGGUGUUAGUGGGGAGGGGAGGACGCUGAAUAAUGUUGCUCAGAGGCGGUUAGCCGGGUUUUAA